UGCAAAGCGUCAUGCAGCAUACUGCGAGCGUCAUGCGGUCUCGGGACACCUGGUCGAAUGGGUUCCUUUGAUCACCUAGUGCCCGUGGCGCCGUAUGCCAGAUGGCUCGCAGACGGGCGCGGAAGGUGCGCCUGCUCAGCGAGGCCCAUGGGCCGCGCUCGGGGCGCGCGUCCGCGAAGGGCCGGCGCUUCCGAGUGGCGAUGGAGAACUUGGGCUGCCAAGGCGCAGCACGUCGGCAAGCUGAGGUGCAGAUUGUGUGGCAGGCGCAGGGCUUCGGCCUCGGAAGCCGGCGGCAAGCGAACAGUGCACGCGCAUGCGUCGAACCACCGCGUGGCCAAGGUUGGCCGUGCGCAGCUGGUGGCGACCUCCAAGGCCAUCACCGCCUGCGAGAAAGGCUCCACCUGGCCCGCUGCCUUGCAGCUGUUGCACGCCGCUGCUCGCGAGAAGCUGCAGCUGGACACCAUCAUCAUGAAUUCGGCCAUCAGUGCCUGCGAGAAGGGCGGGGCUUGGCAGCAGGCCUUACUGCUGCUGACCUCGUUUCCGAAGCGUCAGCUUCUGCGAGACGUGAUUUCCUUCAACGCUGCCAUCAGCGCCUGCGAGAAAGGGGAUCACUGGCGAUUGGCGCUGCACCUCUUGGGGGAGACGUGGCGGACAAAGCUUCGGGCCAGCAUCAUUACCUUCAACGCUGCAAUCAGUGCAUGCGGCAAAGGCCUGCAGUGGCAAACUGCGAUCGCCUUAAUGCAAGAAGCCAAGGAGGGCCAGUUGGAGGCAUCCAUCGUGAGCUUCAGUGCCUGCAUCGCCGCCUGCGAAGCAGGCCAGCAGUGGGUCGCGGCCCUCGAUCUGCUCACCGCCCUGCAGGAUGAACACCUCAGUAGCAAUGAGGUGCCCUGGAACUCGGCCAUCAGCGCCUGCAGCAUUUCGGGCAACUGGCCGCUGAGCCUCGAGCUUCUUGGCGCCAUGCAGCGCAAGGCGGUGACGCCAGACGUCUACAGCUACACGGCGGUGAUCAGCGGGUACGGCCACGGGGAGCUGUGGGACGCCCAGUGGCAGCAGGCGAUGCAUCUCUUCGCGGAGCUUUGCGCCAGGCACCAGCCAAACAUUGUGAGCUACGGCGCAGCCGUCAGUGCCUGCGAGAAAGGCGCGCAGUGGCAAAUUGCGCUGGCCCUUCUGCAGGAGCUGGCAGCUGGUUCUUUGCGCCCGAACUUGCUGGUGUGCAAUGCGGCAAUCAGUGCUUGCGAGAAAGGCAAUCAGUGGAGACACGCCGUGCAGCUUCUGGCGCUGAUGCAAACCACCGGCAUUCAGGCGGAUAUGAUCACCUACUGUGCAGCCCUGAGCGCCUGCGGUUCUCAGUGGCUCCAAGCGCUGAGGCUCUUUGAGGGUCUCCGGCGCAGCCGCGGGGACGCCAACGCGGUGAGCUUCUCCGAGGCUCUGGACGCCUGCGAGAGAGGACUGCAGCUGGAAACGGCGGCGUGCCUUCUGGGUGAUCUUCAGCUUGGUGCCAUCGCAAAGGUAGGUGGCAGGAAGGCAUUUCUGGCGAGCGCGCUGAGCCGCGAGGCCUGCAACCAGGCCAUCAGCGCCUGCGCCAAAUCUGGGAACUGGAGACAGGCUUUGCAACUGCUGGACUGCGUCGCCAAGCCCGAAGCCAGCGAGAUCUCCGUGAACACUGCCGUGAGCGCCUGCAGCCGUGGGGGCCGCUGGCAAUGGGCGCUGCACUUGGCGAAGUCUGGGGACCCGGGCUUCGCCGACCAAAAAUAUCCCGGUCUGGACGAAGUCGAGCUGCAGCAUCAUUGCCGUGAAUUCCCUGAUCAGUGCCUGCGGGUGCGCCAAGGAUUGGCGCUGCACUUGCUGGGCGCUUUCCAGAACCGGAACCUCCGGAUGGACUCCAUCAGUUUCAACUCCGCGAUCAGCGCCUGUGACGGCGGCUGGCGGAACGCUCUCGCGGUUUUCGCAGCUUUGCCUCUGCACCUCUGCCCUCCUGACGUGGUCAGCUACACCGCGGCCAGUGCGGCCAUGCGAUGGCAGGGCGCCCUGCACAUGGCCCGCCUGCUGCGAAGCAACGUGCGGCCCAACGAGGUCUCCCUGAGCGGGCUAGCGCGGAAGUUGGCACAAGAGUGCGAAUGGCAGAAGGCACUGACAUCGAUUGGCUGCGAUGCUCUUCAGGAGCCUCUGACUGCGCGGAUCACCUCCUGGACCGCCGGCAGCCACUGGCGCAAGGCCCUUUCAGUGGCCCCCGCGUCGGCCCACGCGGUGUCCGCGGCACUUUCGGCGGGCGCGGAGUGGCCCAGAGCGCUGCAGAUGCUGCAGGGGGCGGUGACUCGGCACCUGGAGCUGUCGGUGGUCCUGGGCGCGGCCGCCGCAGCUCUGGCGCGCGCGGGCGCGUGGCGGAGCUGCUGCGGCCUCGCGGCGUCGAAGCUCCAGCUGAAUCUCGUGGUGUGCAAUGCUGUCCUGAGCAGCUGCGCUGGAGUUGGGCGGUGGCGACAGGCAUUGCAAGUGCUGAAGGAUAUGGAGGCAUCGACUAUGACUGCAGACGUCCUGAGCUACGGGGCAGCCAUGCACGGCUGCGUGCAGGGCAGGGCCUGGCAGAAAGCCUUGGCCUUGCUUCACCAGCUCCCAGGCCGAGCGCUGCAACCCAGCGCGGUGAUCUUUGGCACCGCCAUCAGUGCAUGUGAAGCCGCUGGGAACUGGCAGCUGGCGCUUUGUUUCUUGGAGGAGCAAGUCCGGCAGCGCCUGGGGUCAACGAACGUGUCCUUCAACGCUGCCAUCAGCGCCUGCGAAAAAGGCUUGGCCUGGGCGCAGGGCCUCGAGAUUUUGGGCAACUUGCCGCAGCAGAGACUUAGUGCAGACUUUGUGAGCCUCAGCGCCUCCGUGCGGAUGUGCGCGCGCAGUGCUUGCUGGGAGCUGGCCUUGAGCUUGCUGCAGCGCAUGCGCGAGGAGCAGAUGCCCACUGCCCAAGCGAGCCUCGACGCUGGGCGUAUGGCCUCACUGUCCCCAAGCCGGGCGGUGCAAGUGCUGGCGCCGGAGACGGCUGUGGAGCGACUUUGGUGCCUGGCCCAAGUGCACUGCUCAGACCCGCGGCUGAUUCAAGAGGCCCUGGCAGCAGCGGCUGGUGAGCUUUUCGGGCGACCGGUGGAGGAGAUCCUUCUCACGUGCAGCUCUUUGUGUGCACUGGGCGUCCGUGGGCCGUUGCCACGCUUGGACCGGAUGCUGAGGACGUGCUUGCCAGAUGCUUCGCUACAGCAGCUGCUGGCGACUUGCCCUUUGAUCGGCCAGAGGGCUCGCUCGCUGUUAACGCUCGAGGCAGCUACAACAGCUGCCUGGGACUCGCCUGAUUUGAUCCUCCUCAUCCAGGCCAAGCAGUGGUACUUCGACCAAUUUGUGGAGAAAAAGGCCGCGGACUGUUUGCUGGGCGUGGUCUUCGCCGCCAAGGUCUUGGGAUGCGUCUCAAGGCGCUUGCUGGGCCUUCUGCGCGCCAAGCUACGGGAGGGAGGCCGCAGAAUGGACCAAAGGACUUCGCUCCACGCCGCGGGUUUCGCUUUCGACUCGCCGCUGGUGGCGCUGGACUUCCCGGACCGCGCGGUGCUGAUGAAGCCCCCAGGCUGGGACGUGUAUGACGAGGCAUGUGUGGAGUCGAGGCAGCUCUGCACGCUCGCCCGCCAGGUCUUCGGGUCGCGGGCGAUCUUCGAGGCCGCGGCCCAGCGGCGGGGCUUUCUGCACCGCCUGGAUGUUCCCAGCUCUGGGCUCGUGGCCGCCCGCUGGAUCCGGCGGUCGGUUUUGGCCAAGACCUUCGAAGCCUACUACGACCUGCAGGCGCAGCUGAGCGCGGAGAUGCCUCGUCUCUACGCCGUGCUGGCGCACGGCUGGCUGCGCGGCCCCCGCAGCCUUCAGGCCAGCGUGUUCUGGGUGGGCAAUGGCCCCACAAUCAGCGGCGCACAAGGGAAGCCCAGCAGAAGCGACGUCACCCGGGCCACGCGCCUUUGGCACGAAGCCGCUGGCGCCUUCAGCCUGCUUCGGCUGCGGAUCACUACGGGCAGGCGCCACCAGAUCCGCAGCCACCUGAGCUUUGCCGGGCAUGCCGUGGUUACUGAUGGCCUCUAUGCAUCCACGCCUGUCUACAUAAAGGACUUGGCCUUGUGUCGCCGGAGCUGGCUCCAUCGCCAUGGCUUGCGCAUACAGGCGUCCACCGGGGAGUUUCACGAGGUCCUGAGCCCCGUGCCCCCUGACCUGCUGGCAGCCGUACGCCGGAUGAGUGCCAUUGGCACCUCCCCGUUGGACGUGGACAAGUGGCUGCAGCAGGAGACGUGA